AUGAAAACAGCGUUUGUUACAUGUGGUGCUACUGCACCUUUUCCUCAAUUAAUUGAUUCUGUACUGACAGAUCACGUGCUAACUAUUCUCAAUAAAACUUGGGGAGUCCAACGAGUUGUAAUACAGCAUGGUGCACUUUAUUCAGAGACUCAAUUCAAGGAUACAGUUUCAAAAGUCUUCCAAGACACUCAGUAUACCUCUGCGAAAGAUAAUUCCGAAUGUCGUGAACUUGGAUGCCCUUCCCUCACGUCUGCGCACGUGACCACUACCGUCGGGAACUCUCUUUAUCUGGUGGGCAUCGCAUAUUCAUCACAAGUUACAACAAUUUUAUCCAAUGCAGAUACAGUUGUAGCAAUUGCACAUGCUGGAACUGGCUCUAUCCUUGAUGCAUUUGGUGCACAAGUACCACUUUGUGUUGUACCUAAUCCUUAUCUUCAAGAUAAUCACCAACAAGAAAUUGCAAUUAGAUUAUCUAAGAUGAAUCGUCUUACGGCUACAGAAAGACCCACUUCCAAAGACCUUGCCGUUGCUCUACUAUCAUUACAUGAUCACAUGGUAAAUGCAUCCCACAUGACUAAAGAUGAGUCUUCACACGUGAUACCACAGGCACUCCCGGGGCCGGCGGAGUUUUGCCGGCUGCUAGCUCAAACGGCCACGGAGUAA